UGUUCACUUUCUGUGCCUUUCAGUAAGCGUCUGGUGGUGGUGGUGCCCAACGAGAGCUCCUUCCCCGGAGUGCGACGAGCUUACACCAGCGAGGAUGAGGCGUGGAGGUCGUACCUGGAGAACCCGCUCACUGCUGCCACCAAGGCCAUGAUGAGCAUCAACGGGGACGAGGACAGCGCCAACGCCCUGGGCCUGCUCUACGACUACUACAAGGUGCCGAAAGAAAAGAGACUUCUGCCUGUUCCCAAAGCCGUUGAAGUUACCGAGGAACAGGAGAAGAGGACUAUGUUGCCAAGCAACCCCAGCGGCCAAAACGAGGUGGAGACGGUGGACAACCGAGUUCAGGUCCUCAAGUCUGUCCCCGUUAAUCUGUCGCUGAACACCGAGCACCAGGAGGCCAAACGGGAGCAGUUCAGCAGCUCGACGGCGUCAGGGGACGGAGGCUCUCCGGCUGUUGCUGUGGUGAAGGCUGAGGUGUACGCUCCAGUCUUCAUGGCCGGGGCGAGCCUUCACUACAGGGUGGACGGAGAAGAGGCGCCGCGAGUGAUCUAUGAGCAGAGUCCGUACGAGGUGACCACCGUCAGUCACAGCUCCUACGUUAAAGAAGACCAGCAGAGUCCACCGGACAGUCCGUACGAAGAGGAGAGAGACGGGAAGUACAACUCACCUUCCUCUCUAGCUACAGAUGACUUCUUAUUUCAUCAGGAGGGAGUCGACAGCUUCCAGUACACGCUGGACGCCACUCGCUCGCUGCGUCAGAAGCAGGGCGAAGGGCCGAUGACGUACCUGAACAAAGGCCAGUUCUACGCCGUGACGCUCAACGAGCUCAGCGCCAACAAACGCCUCCGCCAUCCCAUCAGUAAAGUCCGGAGUGUGAUCAUGGUGGUGUUCAGUGAGGACAAGAACCGAGACGAGCAGCUUAAAUACUGGAAGUACUGGCACUCUCGGCAGCACACGGCCAAACAGAGAGUCCUCGACAUCGCUGAUUACAAGGAGAGCUUCAACACCAUCGGCAACAUAGAAGAAAUUGCCUACAAUGCCAUUUCCUUCACCUGGGACGUGAAUGAAGAGGCCAAGAUCUUCAUCACUGUCAACUGUCUGAGCACAGACUUCUCGUCUCAGAAGGGGGUGAAGGGUCUCCCUCUGAUGAUCCAGAUCGACAGCUACAGCUACAACAACCGCAGCAACAAGCCUCUGCACCGAGCCUACUCACAGAUCAAGGUCUUCUGUGACAAGGGAGCAGAGAGGAAAAUAAGAGAUGAAGAAAGAAAACUGUUCCGCAAGAAGUCAAAAGGGAAAGAUGGAGGCGUCGGGGUGAUCACCGUCCCUAAAAAGUCAGACACCACCUAUUUCAAGACCAUGACUGACUUGGAGGCUCAGCCGGUCCUCUUCAUCCCCGACGUUCACUUUGGCAACCUGCAGCGAGCCGGACAGGUGUUUACCUUCAACACGGAGGAGAUCGAGAGAGAAGGGAGCGUGUUGGUGAAGAGGAUGUUCAGGCCGUCGGAUGAAGAUCUGUGUCCGUCGCCUCACAAACAGAUCAAAGAGGAGACGCACAAGAGAGUGUUGUUGUACGUUAGGAAGGAGUCGGACGAGGUGUUUGACGCCCUGAUGCUGAAGUCUCCCACGCUCAGAGGCCUGAUGGACGCUAUCUCAGAGAAGUACGGCGUGCCCACAGAGAGGAUAGCCAAAGUGUACAAGAAAAGUAAAAAAGGCAUCCUGGUGAACAUGGACGACAACAUCAUCGAGCACUACUCCAACGAAGACACCUUCAUCCUCAGCAUCGAGAGCUACGCAGACGCCUACAAGAUCAUGCUGACGGAGAUCUGACGGCUCACCUGAGGGACGGCAGGAGAAAGUCAAAAGAGACGCUGAAAUCUGCGAGGUUGAUACGCUGACAGACGUUAUUAGAGACAGUCCUUUGGUGGAGUUGCGCCGACGCAUUGAGGUCGACACACCCUGAUCCCUCUCCAACACUGUUACACUAUGAAGCCGGUCGCAUUUUACUGUGCAGGAGGACAAAGAUGUAAAUAAAGGACGUUUUUAUGAACUGGUUUUAUUGUACUCAUCCUCUAAGAUGUGAGGUGAACUGAUGAACCACAGAUCCUCCACUUUCACUGAAUAUUUUUAUUGUAUAAAAGAAUUUGUAUGUUUAUUCUCACUCUGUACAGACUUGUUUUUUUUUUUUUUGCCAAAUAUCCCAUCAGGACUAGCCUUACGAAAAGCCCGAUGCCUUGUAUGUAACCACAGUUUGAAUUAAUCCAAGUAACUAGCAGCUUUUUUUUGCAUGCCAGCUUUUGUUGUUUUUUUUUUUUUUAGUUGUGAUAUUAUUUAUUAAUGCUUUAAUAUUUUUGCAUUUCUUACGCAGUUUAUCCAAGAAUUUCAAGUAUUUUAAUGCAUUUCAGUGUCCUUUCCAACCUCUCACUCAAGGAGGUUUAGAAUGGCUCAUCCUGUACUUUUCAGACAUGUUGUAAUAUUUACUAGUCAAGAAUAGCUUAAUUUGUAGAGCUUUACAUGGGAUGACUCAGAAAUGUCGUUGCCUCAUGUGCUUGGAUGUGUUGAAAAAUUAUUAAAGGUAAUAUAGAAAAGGU